AUGAAUCCAUCUAGAGCUGAGGAGACUAAGACUCCAGAAACUAACAAUAAUUUCGGAAAUAGUAUGAUGGUAAAGACAGAUAGUAACCAGUCUAAUAAUGACAAGGCACUUUCACGCAGACAAAAAUUGGAAGCCUGGAAGACAAAGAAGAACGCUCAAAAACAUUCAAAGACCUCAGCUUCUAAGAUGACAUUCAAAGCACAUUCACUAACAAGAAGGGUCAAACUGGGUUCCAAAAAAUUGAAGAGGAGCUUAAUAGAUGAUAUUACUGAUGAUGAGGAUGAGCACAACGGUGAAGGCAUUGGGAAGAAAGUUAAAAAGGUGAAGAUCGCUUUGCCUAAUGAGCAUGACGAGCCAGAUGAUCUUGAUUAUAUUCUUGCUCAACUGCAAAAAGUAACAAAGCAAAGUUCUGAAAAUCGUGCUGAAAUGCUUAACGAAAACGAUGCCGUUGAUUAUAAAGAUCAGAAGAGAGAAGAUCAAAGCGCAGACGCUGCCAAUAGUCUUCUCACCGAGCUUGCUGACCGUGACAAAAAGGAGAUUCCGGACCAUCCUGUUUCUACCCGGAUUAUAGAAAAGAAUUUUUACAAAGAGUCAUCGUUUAUAUCUGAACUUACCGAGGAAGAGGUAUCCAGUCUUAGGCUCCGUGAUGGAGUUAUCGUUCGUGGAAAUAGUGCAUCCCGUCCUGUCCUUGCAUGGUCACAACUUGGACUUCCAUCAAGUAUAUCUAGCGUUUUAGACUCCUUCAAAUUUGAUUCACCUACUCCGAUUCAAUCGGAGGCAUUACCGGACAUCAUGAAGGGUCUCGAUUUCAUUGGAAUAGCCAAAACUGGGUCUGGAAAGACGUUGGCAUAUCUCAUUCCAAUGUUUCGCCAGCUGGUUGCCAAUAGACUUACUGAAACUGGAAGGCAUAUCAACAUAAUAUCUCAACCGAUGGCAUUAAUUCUUACUCCAACUAGAGAGUUGGCCAUACAGAUAUUCAGAAUAUGUAGACCCUUCUUCGUUUCUUUACAUCUUCGUGGAGCAUGUUGCUACGGAGGUCAGCCAAUCAGUCAACAGAUUGCUUUACUUAAGAAGCAGACGGAUGUGUUGGUAUGUACGCCCGGAAGACUUAUUGAUCUUCUCCGUGCCAACUCCGGGCGAAUUCUCAGUCUCUCAGAUGUUUCGUACUUGGUUUUAGAUGAGGCUGAUCGUAUGUUUGAUUUGGGUUUCGAACCCCAGGUGACCAAACUUGAAUCUGCAUUGCGACCAGAUCGUCAAACUGUUCUUUUCUCAGCUACAUUUCCUCCUAAAAUUGAGCAUCUUGCCCGUAAGGUGCUUCAUAAGCCAGUGGAAGUUUCGGUUGGUACGAGAAACCUUCUUAGUAGUGAAAUCAGUCAAAAGUUUGCUGUUAUUGCAUUGGAAGAGAAGUUCACAAGACUACUCCAGAUUCUUGGAGAAUUCAAGUCGAGUGAUCCCAAUGGUAAAGUGCUCAUUUUCGCAGACACUCAAAAGAAUUGUGAUAGCCUUGUUAGAUUACUUACUACACGCGGGUAUCCCUCCCUUUGUCUUCACGGUGGACGAGAACAGGCAGAUAGGGAUAACAUAGUGAAAACGUUUCGUGAUGGAUUGGUUGAUACAUUAGUGGCAACGUCAAUAGCCUCUAGAGGUCUAGAUAUUGCAGGACUAAACUUAGUGAUCAACUAUGAUUCUCCUACACAUAUGGAAGACUAUGUUCACCGUGUAGGACGUACGGGAAGAGCUGGUAAAAAGGGAGCUAGUUAUACAUUCAUUACACCUACAGAAGAGAAAAGCGCAAGCGAUAUUGUUAGAUUGUUGGAGCUUUCUAGUAUGGAGGUGCCUUCGGAACUGAAGAAAAUGGCCACAUCGUUUAGAGAAAAGGUAAGUAAUGGAAAGGCACACUUUAGUGGAGGAUUUGGAGGUAAAGGACUUGAAAAAUUGGCAGAGGUUCGUGAGGAGAGAAAGAAGAUACAAGAAGCAAUCUAUAAAGCAAACGAUGAUGACGGUAACGGCAGUGGUGCAGAUGGCGAUAAAGAGGAAAAUAAGAGUAAAAAUGAUAGCCUCAAAAUGAACUCAGCAUCAGAGACUGCGCCUGAACUCAAAAUUGAGUUCUUUGAUUAUCCUAUGGAUGAGUUUUCUGCGCCGUUUCACGCCACGGUUGGAAUUAACGACUUACCACCAGAAGUUCGACGCGAUGCUACAAGGGCAUACAAUCUUGCCAAGAUCAUCGAGCAAACCUCAGUGUCUAUAACUGGUAAGGGUCAGUACUACGCGCCAGGUAAACAUCCUGGAGAAUCGGAUGCUCCCAAGCUAUAUCUUCUCCUUGAAGGUUAUAGUAAGCCGAAAAUACAGGAGGCUGCCAAAAUGAUAAAGGAUGUGCUAGUAGAACAUCUUAUGAGGGCCAAGGAUAAGAAAUAA